UCAAUACCACCGCCGCUCCUACUCUCUCUCUCUCUCUCUCUCUCAAAUGCCUUCACGACUCUCAGAUGCCUACAAAGCCCACCCUCUCCGCCUCACCCACGAGGUGGUGGACUUGGGUUCGGUAAUACAGCUGCCCGAUUCGCACGCCUGGAACGCCGGCGACGGGCACCCCUCCGUCAACGGUCGGAGCUGCACCGAACCUGGGCUGCUCCCAAUAAUUGAUCUGGCGGCGGCUAACGCCCUUGAGCUGCUGGGCCAUGCAUGCAGGACUUGGGGCGUCUUCCAAGUCACCAAUCACGGCGUCCCUUCAUCGCUCUUCGACGAGAUGGAGGCCGCUGGCGUCGACCUCUUCUCGCUGCCGUUGGAGCAGAAGAUGAAGGCUGCGCGUGCCCCUGACUCCGCCACCGGCUACGGCCUCGCCCGGAUUUCCUCCUUCUUCUCCAAACAAAUGUGGUACGAAGGCUUCACCAUCGUCGGAUCCCCGCUCCAACAUGCUCGCCAACUUUGGCCUCGGCAUAGGGAUUUCUCCAAGUUUUGUGAAGCGGUGGAAGAGUACGAUGAAAAGAUGAAUCAACUUGCGGCGAGGCUAUUAUGGCUAAUGCUGGGUGCUUUGGGAAUUACCAAACACGACGUCAAAUGGGCCGGUCCAAAACGAGACUUCAAGGGGGCGUCUGCGGCCCUGCAACUGAAUUGCUACCCGGCUUGCCCCGAGCCGGAGCGGGCCAUGGGCCUCGCUGCCCACACCGACUCCACCCUCCUCACCAUCCUUUAUCAAAACCGCAUCAGCGGGUUACAGGUCUUCAGGGAGGGAACCGGGUGGGCCGCAGUUCCACCCGUGCCCGGUGCACUUGUUGUCAAUGUGGGAGACCUCCUCCACAUAAUCUCGAACGGGUCAUACCCGAGCGUUCUUCACCGGGCGGUGGUGAACCGGACCCAGCAACGCCUCUCCUUCGCAUACCUAUACGGGCCCCCGACCGCUGCUAAAAUCGAACCCCACAGGAGAAUGGUGGGUCCGAGCGAUCCGCCUCUAUACCGAGCCGUGUAUUGGAGUGAGUACCUCGGCCUCAAGGCCAGGCUUUUCAACAAGGCCCUUUCGUCGGUUCGCCUUGUCAAAUCUGGAAACGAUUCCACAGAAACGGAAAUGAAAGAAAUAAAACACUCGAAAAAGGGUGGCUGA